UACAGUAGCAUGUUCAGAAACUCUUCACCGUCACUGUUUGUUGUUAUUUUAUGUCACCUCGAGCUAACUCUCACAAGUAGCCAUCACUUUCGAUAGAGCGGGACAGAUUGAAGAAAACAGGUCAAGUUUAUAUAUUUCCAACGUGCUUUGUUCUCAAAGGAUAGAUUCGUAUAUAGUGGUCGGUCAACAAGUUGUCUAAUUUCAGUUACAGGCGUAUCUCUAGGUGACGAUGGGUUCUAUGUUCCGCAGUGAGGAGGUGUGCCUGGUGCAGCUCUUCCUUCAGUCUGGUUCGGCCUAUAACUGUGUCAGUGAACUGGGAGAACUGGGCCUGGUCGAGUUUCAGCAGUUGAACCCCAACGUCAACUCCUUCCAGAGGAAGUUUGUGGGGGAGGUGAGACGAUGUGAGAAACUGGAGAAAACCUUCUCGUUCCUGGAGCAGGAGAUCAAUAGGUCCCUGUCGCCCCCCCUCCAUGGUCCCCUUCCUCCCCCCUGCCCGACUCCCUUGGCCCCCCAGCCCAGAGAGGUGCUCACCAUUGAGGAGGAGAGUGAGAGGCUGGCCAGGGAGCUCAAAGAAGUGUCCAGGAACAGAGACGGUCUCAGAGCCCAGCUGACCAAGCUCAGCCAGUACAAAGGAGUUCUCACCCAGACCCACUCCCUCACCGCCUCACAGGCUCCACCUCCUCUACGGGAAACAGUAGGCAUAUUGGAGCCUAACCGUCAGGAUGUCCACCUCAGUUUUCAGGCUGGUGUGGUCCACCCCUGGAAAGUCCCAUCGUUUGAGCGGUUGCUAUGGCGAGCAUGCCGUGGUUACAUCAUCGUGAACUUCAGAGAGAUGGAGGAGCAGCUGGAGCAUCCUGACACGGGGGAGAUGGUGCAGUGGACAGUGUUCCUCAUAUCUUACUGGGGAGAUCAGAUCGGACAGAAGGUCAAGAAGAUCUGUGAUUGCUUCCACACGCAGGUGUUUGCGUACCCUGACAGCCCCACACAGAGAGAGGAGAUUCUCCAGGGACUGCAGGGCAGAAUUGAAGACAUCAAAUCUGUCCUCUUUCAGACAGAGCAGUUCCUCCAGCAGCUGUUGGUGCGUGCUGUAGCGGUAUUGCCCCAGUGGAAGGUGCGGGUCCAGAAGUGUAAGGCAGUCCAGGCUGUACUGAACCUCUGCAGCCCCUCCGUCACCGACAAAUGUCUGAUCGCUGAAGCCUGGUGUCCCGUCAGCAAGCUGCCCGAACUACGCAGUGCCCUGAGAGAAGGAGGGAGGAAGAGUGGCAGUGGGGUGGACUCGUUCUACAACCGCCUCCCCUGCUCCACCCCUCCUCCCACACUGUUUCCCACCAACUCCUUCACUGCAGGCUUCCAGAACAUUGUAGACGCCUACGGAGUGGCCAGUUACCACGAGGUCAACCCAGCGGUGUACACCAUCAUCACAUUCCCCUUCCUGUUUGCGGUGAUGUUUGGGGACGUGGGUCAUGGCCUGCUGAUGUUCCUGGCUGCCCUCUGGAUGGUUCUGGAGGAGAAGGACCCCAAACUCAGGAACAACACUAAUGAGAUCUGGAGGAUGAUGUUUGGAGGGCGCUAUCUGAUCCUGUUGAUGGGACUGUUCUCUGUCUACACUGGGGCCAUCUACAAUGAGUGUUUUAGCAGAGGACUCAGCCCCUUCAACUCCGGCUGGCAUGUAGGACCCAUGUUUGAGAACGGGGAGUGGAAUCCAACAACUGUUAAAGAGAACAACUUCCUGUCCCUGGACCCUAACAUCACUGGGGUUUUUACCGGACCCUAUCCCUUUGGCAUCGAUCCGGUCUGGGGUCUGUCCAACAACCACCUGACAUUCCUCAACUCCUACAAGAUGAAGAUGUCUGUCAUCAUCGGGGUCAUCCACAUGACCUUCGGAGUCUGUCUGUCCUUCUUCAACUACAUACACUUUAACCAGUUGAGCAGUGUGUUCCUGGUACUGAUCCCAGAGCUGUUCUUCAUGCUGUGUCUGUUUGGUUACCUGGUCUUCAUGGUCAUUUUCAAGUGGCUGGCCUUUGACACGGCCCACUCUAACUCCGCCCCCAGCAUCCUCAUCCACUUCAUAGACAUGUUCCUAUUCACCGAGAACAAGGAAAACCUACCCCUCUACGAAGGACAGAUGGUGGUGCAGAAUGUCCUGGUGGUGCUGGCGCUGUGUUUUGUUCCAGUCCUACUGCUGGGGAAACCCAUCCAUGAAUACAUCACACACAAGAGGAAACACCGGCACAUGGCAGGAGACAGACGACCCCUGUUGGCUGAGAACAGUUCCAUCAACGCUCAUCAGGGAGAGGUGGAGACAGGGAGUCACAGAGAGGAGGAGAAGGAGUUUGAUGCUGCUGAUGUGUUCAUGCACCAGGCCAUCCACACCAUAGAGUACUGUCUAGGCUGCAUCUCCAACACAGCCUCCUACCUACGACUGUGGGCCCUCAGCCUUGCACACGCACAGCUGUCAGAGGUGCUCUGGGUGAUGCUGAUGCGUAACGCCCUGACCUGGCAAGGCUAUGUGGGAUCUGUGGUCCUGUUUGUCUUCUUCUUCUUCUUCUCCGUGCUGACAGUCUCCAUCCUGCUGGUCAUGGAGGGCCUGUCUGCCUUCCUGCAUGCCCUGCGUCUGCACUGGGUGGAGUUCCAGAAUAAGUUCUACAGUGGAACAGGCUACAAGCUGAACCCUUUCUCCUUCUCAUCCCUGGUCCACUAUGUGAACAUUUAAACGAUCAAUGAAUUAUGAUUGCCAAAUGGUUAUAUUAACUUGCUCUGCACCUAUCACACCCCACACAUUUCAGAAUGAUUGCUGUCUCUUUUUGAAAGCUUGGGGUUUUGUAAAACGUGUUCAAUGUCCAAGAAUGCAUUGAGGCCUUUGCAGUAUGGUAUUGACUGUUUAUGUGCCUAUUUCAACAUGCAUGCUGUCAUCAAAAUCAGUGACUUUCUUGUUCCCUCUAUGCACUGAUCAUGGGGUGCGUCUGUAAAUUCACUUUGGCUAUCUACUCUGAUUUCAGAGCACUCUCGUCUGAGUGUGCCAGAGCGCAGAAUAACAGGAAUUUACGAACGCGCAACACCCGUUGAAUAUGACCAGUGUUUGCAAACAAACGUAAAUAAAUUGUUGCCAGCAGCACAGUUAGUCACCAACACUCUAGAUAACAUGAAAGCAGCCUAACCAGCUCUG